CUUGUCAACAACAGCAAACAGCCAUGUCCAGACAGCUUCUAGCAUGGGAGACAGAGGAGCGCAAGCUCCAGUCUGUAUACGACGAUAUCUCCCUCCACCGCAUCGUCCCUGCACAACAAACUAUCGCCCGCUACCUCAAGAAGCACCCCAAGUCUCAGCCAGCUCUCAUCGUCAACAUGUACAUCAUGCAGAAAACGGGCGCAGAGGAAAGCGACAUUCUCCAGGUCUACAAGCAAAUUCAGGCACUCGCCGGACCUAAGAAGGAAAUGACGGGCAGAGGCGUAUGGUGGUGUACUCUUACCCUCAGGAACAUGGGCAGACUGGACCUUGCCCAGAAAGUGUACCAAGACCUGUAUGACCUCCAUCCAGAAACAUACCAACUCCUUGAACAGGUUUUCUUGCAUUCAGCGGCCGCUUGGGAUGUGUCUACUAUGGUGCAGAGCAGCCGGAAGAUGUUCAAUGCUACCCGUGAUCCCAAAUGGGCCCGAUUGGCCGCUUGGGCUGAAUGGGUUCAGAAAGCCCCUCAACCUACCCCUUCCAACCCUUAUCCAUGUCCAGCACCCGCAAACUCUCUGAAAAUUGCCCAAGUGCUCCUUUCUACAACAGGCAACACAUGCGAGACUUCGGACAUUUUUUGGCUUCGCGCCCAGAUCCUUUUAUCCAGUGACCAGCCUGGCGAUUUGUUGACGCUGGCCAGACAGCAGGCACAGGAGGGAAGUUUGGCGAGGCUUUGGUGGAGGAUGGAGACUGUCAAGGCUGCCGUGGCAAGAUGUGGAAAAGAAGGGCAGAAGGAAUGGGAGGCAGAAAGGGAAUGGGUCGCGGGGAUGUUGCAAAAAGAUGACGGAUCACAGCGCAACUAUGCGUUCUACCGAUAUCUACUGUUGGCUACGCAAAAUUCUACCGAUCCUGACUCCAUGCGAAGCACCACUGCUCUACUCAAGUCCUUGGUUGAGCAGAUCGGUCAAAAGGAACGUGCGCCCCAGCUUGCCCAGCUGGAGUUUGACAUGGUUCUUCACGACACAAAAUUCGCUUCCGAGACGGAUAUCUCUUCUCAUCUGAUGGACGACGAGGAAUGGCUGGACAAAGUUGAACAGUACUGGAACCGCUGGGGUUCGAAGGGAUCGAUCGUUACAGAGUUAAUAGCGAUUUCACGGGAGAACGAGAAGCGGAAGACGAUGGUCGAGAACUUUUUGAAAGCUCGUGCUGUUCAGCAGCACCAUGAUGAAACCUCCUUCAAAGAAAUUUCAAAUGCUUACAUCAUUCUCCUCAUGGAGAAGGACGCGGACUGGAUGCCAACAAACGAAGAUAUCGAAAAGUACUGGAGACUGUAUCUCGAAGGACUCCAAUAUGGUAGAAAUCUUGCGAAGACCGAUGUCCAAUCAUCUGAUCCCAUUGGUUUGCUUACAGUCAACCUCUUGCUUAUCAUGUGGCACUCUUCGCCAAAGAACAUGGUACCACUGUAUAAGUCCAUCCUUUGUUUGGAGAAGAUUUGUCAAGAAAGCCCCAUAUGUAUGCAUGCGCACUACCUGUUAAUCCGUUUAUACAGGUUAAUCGGCGCUGCAUCCCUUAUAGGACCGCAUCUGACCACACUCGGCCUGUCUGAAAUUCAACUCGAUAAUCUUUUGCAUGUCAUUGUUGAACGGGGAGCCAUUGAAGCCCUGAUGGCCAAGAACGUCGGCAUCUGGUCAAGUCACACCGAUAAAGCCCUUAAUAUGUACCAGCGUACCGCUUCCGACUUUCCCGAGUACGUUAAAGAAUGCCUCGGCAAUGAAACCUAUUCCAAAAUCACAUCCAUCAGGCAUCUCGCCUCCUCUCUCCAUGAUUCUCUCUCCUCCCAUGUCCUUGCAAUUGAGCAAGCCCGCCUUCACGCCUUCAAUUCCCCAACCGUGCCUUUCCCACCCCAAUUGACCAGACGUUUACAGAAAUCGCUGAAGGCCGAAAUGAUCGAUUUGAGGAACUGGGAUCUCAUUCAAGAGAUUGGCGGUAAACGGAAACUCACAAAGGAUAUUACGGAACUAGGUGGGAGGCCAAUAGCAGACGACUGGGUGAAGAUUAUGGGACGAUUCUGGCUGGUUGUUGGCGAGUUUAUCAAUAAUGGACAAGUUUUAGAUUUGGAGUUUGAAGGUUUAGAAGCUUUAUUAGAUCACGAGCAAGCCUUGGUUGAAAGUGGAUCUAAUGUGCUCAAGGCUGCAUCCAAGGCAUUAAAGCCCUCAACUGAGGCUGCCGAAUCUGAAGAACAAGAAAAGUCACUCAAAGGCAUAUUCAGUGAAAAUAUUCGCAUCUGUUGUGGUGACCACACCUCGCGGUGGUCAUUGAUACAGUCGUAUAUCUCUCUUGCUCAACUCAUCAAGAUCACUGAUCUGGUCCUUUCACGCGCUACGGAAGCCGCUAAGCCUGUGAAAGGCAAAAAGAAACCGACCCAACUUUCAGCUUUCAUUGCCGAUCUUAGGAACGAAAUACAAGAUUUGAAAAAUACUACUAUGGUGGAAUUGAACAAGCGACUGGAUGCUGUUCGAGGAGAGGAUGAGGUCAAGUGGGACUGUCUAAGCAGCUUGUUCGAUGAGGAUGUUUAUCUCCAGGAUGUUUUCGAGAAUCUUAUGAAUGCUCGCAAGGCGUCUUUGGACAAUCUUAAACCAUUACUCACUACCAAAAAGUAACAGGCAUUAUGCCGAAUAGAAAUCAAUACAGCCUACAUGCAACUUACACUUAAUGUGAAAUCAG